CAGGCAUCCGGCAUUUAAACUCCUACAUCUAUACUCCAUUCCUACUCGCUUGCUACGUCGAGCUAACAUCUUUCGUCGCGAUUGCAUACAGCGGCAACCACCUACUUUGUUUCUACACAGUCUGACCGUCCCUAAUCAAGUCAUGGUUGCCGCUGGCUCCAUCACUGUUGCGGUCCGUGUCAGACCUCCAACAUCAUGGGAAGCUGCACGUCUCCCAGAGCCCUCUUAUGAUACUACAAUUCGCGGUGAUGGCACUCUUGCAACACCAGGAAGACCUUUAACUCAGUCAGCACCACUUCGCGACAUCGUGCAGAUCGUCGAUGACCGCAUCCUUACAUUUGACCCAGAGGAGAGAGAUAGGGCGCGUGCAUUCGUCGAGCGUGGGUUUGUGCCCCCUGGGACAAAGAGAUACAAGGACAAGAGAUUCAUGUUUGAUCGAGUAUUCGAUAGCGGGGCAAGACAGGUUGACGUCUAUGAAGCCACCGCGAAGCCACUAUUAAAUGGCCUUUUGGACGGUUACAAUGCUACCGUGUUUGCCUAUGGGGCAACGGGGUGUGGCAAAACACAUACCAUCAGUGGGACUGAAGCAGAUCCUGGUAUUAUCUACCUCACUAUGGCGGACCUCUUCCAACGCAUCGAUGAUCGAAAGGAUGACUGGAACAUAGAAGUCGUUGCUACGUUUCUCGAAAUCUACAAUGAAGAGAUCCGAGAUCUCCUCGCCGAGCCUGGCAUGCCCACACCACGAGGCGGUCUGCAAAUCCGCGAGGAUAAAUCCGUCAAGGUCGUCGGCCUCGUCGAGCUCCAUCCCACGAGCGCAGAGGAAGUCAAGCAGAUCGUUCUCCAAGGCAACUCGCGGAGGACACAAUCCCCAACCCACGCGAACGAGACAUCAUCCCGAUCGCACGCCGUCCUUCAAGUGCAUGUUACUCAAGCGCCUCGCACGGCUUCUCUGACUGAGCAGCGCACGAUGGCGACGCUCUCCAUUAUUGAUCUUGCUGGUAGUGAGCGCGCUGCAGCGACGACCAAUAUGGGACAGCGCAUGGUUGAAGGUGCUAAUAUUAACAAAUCACUUCUCGCGCUGGGCAACUGCAUUAACGCACUCUGUGAGAGUGGCGGCGCUGUCCGCCAUGUACCUUAUCGCAACAGCAAACUUACCCGACUGCUAAAAUUCUCACUUGGUGGGAACUGUAAGACCGUCAUGGUCGUCUGUAUUGCACCUACCUCGCAACACUUCGAUGAUACGCACAACACCCUACUUUAUGCCGAACGUGCAACUAAAAUCAAGACCAAAGUUGUCACCCGUAACGUCGUCAAUGUCGACAGACACGUAGGCCAAUACGUUGAGGCUAUCAAUAGACUCAAUCUCGAAGUUGCCGAACUCAAAGCGAAACUUUCUGGCAAGCUCAGCUUUGACAACGACAUUCUCAAGCGCAAGAGAGGAGAGGCUGCUGCCGAGGUUGAUCGCUCUAGGCGAGAUAUGCAAGAUAAGAUGGAGCAGACUCAGGCGAGUAUAGUUGAAGGCGCCUCGUGCGCUGGAAAGAUCUCGGUAGCAGAGAUGAAACUUGCGAUUAUCCGUUCUCGGCUCGCACAGAUCAACGCAACGGCCUCUUCAUCUCUCCCGCUUUCCUCUGAUCUCGAAGCGGAGCGUGCCCUUCUCACAUCUCUCGCUCGCCUUGAAGAAUCCGUAACAACUCCUAAUUCCCCCCUUGUAACUCGUCUCACUCGGUCACAAAACUCCCGUAAUAUGUUUGAGGCGACCUUGCGCGCAGUCUCCGAGCGCCGAUCCGACAAACUAGAGGAGUUGCACGUGGACUGUAUCAAGACAGCCGCACGCUGCCGCAAGGCAGAGAUCGAGCGUGUACGAGCCGAAGCAGAGCGUGACGCAGUCCGGGAGUCGGUGCGCGCUCAGUCGGAGAUGAUAAUCAGCCUCCUGGGUAUGGUCGGUCGGUGCACAGUUGUACUAGGAGAGACGGCUCGUUCUCUAGAAGCCCAGCAUGGCUCGGAGGGAAUGGCAUCUGCACUUCGCGGCGUGGCGCAGAAAAAUGAUGACGCACUUGCUGCAUUGGUUGGACAAACAACGGCGGCAUAUGCCGCUCAGGGAACAGGUGCCUUUGAUACGUUCCGGGUGCCAUCAGGUUCGGCACUGCCGCAGCCUGCCAAGAGAAAGUCCAUGUCUUACAAUGCUGUCGCUUCACCUCCACGGCGGUCAUACAAAUCUCCGCGACGCUCCCUGCGCUCCAGUAUUGGCCAACCCUACCGCCGCGCGUCCGAUAAGGAGGAGAAAGAGAAAGAGAAGAAGGUCGUGCAGUGGAAAGACGAAGCCGGACAAGGUGCACUGGAUGAUGGCGGAAACAACCCAUCCGCUCCUGUUGUUCUCGUUACGUCCAGCGAUAGCAGCGAAAGUGUUGAUGGACGUAGUCAUUCUGUUGCUGGAUCCGAGAGCGAAUGGGAAGACGAGCGGACAGAAGACAGUGUCAACCUGAGCAACGUCAUGCUUCCUGCAUCAUCGUCUUCAUCGUCGGCAAGGUUCAGUUCUUCCAUGAGCCUUCACUUAGGCACAAGCAAGCGCCCACGAGCAAGCCGUCUUGACCCGAGCUUCCUGAAAGUGAAAGGCGCAUCGUCACUCGGCUGUCUUCAGGAGGCAGAGGAAGACUCCCCAAUGCGGCAUGCAUCACCACUCUCAGACCGCAGCAUGAACGGGCAAGAUAUGGAGGAGCUGCACAUUUCAAAACGUGAUGGGAGUCCAACACGACGCCUGCCUACAUCAACCCCCCGUGCAACAACACAAUCCAAGAGCUCCCGACGGCGCUCGAACAUUGGUCCCAUGCGUAGCGAGAAGGCAAGGAGACGAUCUAGCAUGAUCCUCCAGCCCUCGGAAGACCCUCCAUUACACGAGUUCACGAAUGGGUCCAGACGAGUAGAAACAAUCGGGCGUUCACCUGCGAAGCGGCCAAAGAGACUUUCCCUUCUUGCCAAUGCAUCAAGGUCCUUGCGGGUGAAGGGACCCAAUCUGAUGUCAACCCUCGCAGUACCCAGCAGUGAUACGAGUGCUAAUAUCAGUGCGGACCUGAGUGCUCUGCCUGAUUCGAGCAUGAGACCGUCUUCAAGGCCUUCAUGGAGAUGAGUAACCAACCUCUUAUUUUUCUGUUCAUUAGAUGGAGUGGCAGUACUUGCCUCUUUUGUAUUUUCUUCAGCAUUGUCUGUGCAUUACACGGACAUCGCUCCUUGUGCUAUCAUGACGAAUAUCACGAAUCACCAAUGCCUACUAUACUCGCUAUGUCUCGCUAUACCUGUGUUGUCUCAUUCAUCAUUUGUUGUCGGAGGGGUCCAUAUUGCACUUGCACAUAUCCUCCUCGCAUGUUACCCGACAUUAUGUUACUCUACAUUGAUCUAUGUAUACCUGCUAUUCUGUUGUCUGUAUAAUCAACGUCGCCCUGCCAGGGAAGUCAUUGAAAUGACUACUCAAGAA